CAUUUUCUUGUAAAACCGAAUUUAUAGUGAGGAGAAUUUAGUAUUUUCUACUUUAAACGUUAUUUAGUUCGUGUUUGUGUCACUUAUUUGCGUGUCGAAAAAUCAAUAUAGCCUCAAUCUUAAAUUACUUCAUGAUCUAUUUUAUACGGUAGACGUGGCGUAGCAUUGUCCGGCGUAGGAAUAAUUACCUUUCGGGCAAAAAGAGGGUUAAAUCGCUUUCUAGGUAAAGGAUAUGUCCGACCGCGAGAGUGGAGAUGAUCAACCCCAGGGUCAAAACAAAUAUCAUGGUCAAGGAGGGGGGAUGGAUGCACCAGGGAGCUCAGAUUUUGAUUCUGGGCAACAACAGCAGGGGGAGCAAGAGCUGGCGACCAAAAUGUUACAGAUCCAGUCAAAAAGAUUCUACCUAGAUGUUAAACAGAAUAGGAGAGGAAGAUUUAUCAAAGUAGCCGAAAUUGGAGCAGAUGGAAGGCGGAGUCAAAUAUUCCUCGCUCUCUCAACAGCCGCAGAAUUUAGAGACCAUUUAACAGCAUUUAGUGAAUUUUACGCAGCCCUUGGUCCCCCGAAUCCCGAAAAUGUCCCAGAAGACGGUAAAUUAAAGUCAGAAAUGAUGAUUAAAGAUAAUAGACGGUAUUACCUUGACCUGAAAGAAAACUCUCGUGGCAGAUUCCUUAGGGUAAGCAAGGUAUCACAAACAAUAACAAGGGGAGGGCCGAGGUCGCAGAUAGCCAUUCCAGCUCAGGGAAUGAUCGAGUUCCGAGAUGCGCUCACAGAUCUGCUAGAAGAGUUUGGAACUGACGACGGAGGAUUCAAGGGAGAAUUGCCCGAAGGGAGGCACAUGCGGGUGGAAAACAAAAACUUUUAUUUUGACAUAGGUCAAAAUAACCGCGGCAUAUACAUGCGUAUUUCUGAAGUGAAAACAAAUUUCCGAACAGCCAUCACCGUACCUGAAAAAUCAUGGGCACGAUUCCGAGAUAUCUUUGCAGACUACUGUGAGAAGAUGAAAGACGGCGGGGAGAAGGCGUCAGUCGGCGGGUCAGACAACGGCCCUGGCACAAAAUGAGAUCGGCACCAGGAAUAGACAACCAAUUGGAACUGGCAACAAAAUAGAGACUUUUCCCUCCAUGAGUGCCAGGUGUGCGCCGUGAAUGUGGCCUGACUGUCAGGACUAAGUGACCGCGUCGCGUGACGCUCCGUGUCUUUUGUUCCGACUUUCGUUAUUGUUUUUGUUUUGAUUUGAAAUUUAAACUUCUAUUUAUAUAGCUGGACAUCAAAAUCUCAUCGAGUUUUAUUUUGUUACUGUGUGGGGGAAUGUGUGAAUGCAACGAGCGCUUGUAGUGACGGUCAGGUUUUGGUGUCCAGCGCUACCGAUCUCCUCCGUCCGACGUGUGGAGAGGCGCCUAGCGCCCCGGUACGGUCACCCAUGGGCGACUAUACCGGACCCGAGAUUGUUACUUUAGAUACUUGAUGGCUUCGUUUUGUCUCUUAGUGAUAAUUAAUCAAAGUGGGACUAAUGAUGUUUAUGUUUACAGUAAGUUACUGUUUCGUUUGCUUUGUUUGUUGUAUAUAAAAGAGGGAAACGACUCGCUUGUAUUGUUUGUUGAACGAGUUUUUUCUUAAAAGUUUAAAUGUGUUAAUAGAAAAAGGUUAAAAAUGUCGGUGGGAUAUCGAGUUGGUGAUAUAGACGAGGUAGAGGAACCGAAAAGGGUUAUAAAAUUGUACAGAGAUGCUUAUUCUUUAGGGCUAGGGGUUUUGUCUCUUGCCGAACUUCCGUCUAAACUGUUAUCUAUUCUCCAAACUCCGACAGUGUAGAUACUCGUUUCUAGUCCCUCGUCUUUAUGCUCGGGUAUAAAAGUUAUGUUAUCGUAGUUUUAUUUAUAUUGUAUAAAAGUACACUUUCCUUUGCAUCUCUUGUAUGCGAGCACCUUCUUCAUCUAUCUAUUGUCUGUCACAGUCUUUAUUUUUGUUAUCGAUAUAAUGUCUUUAAACGUUGUGUUCUCUUGUUAGUCGGUUUUAAAGUUUAACUGUAAAAUAAGAAACUACGAUUAGUUACCAAAAUUCUGUUUGAAAUAUAAUAGAAAUAAAACGUUACGGUCGAGCCGAGACGGCUGGCCCCUCUCGGCGGUAAUAGCAGUUGAACAGAUGUGUAAAGAUUCCGUUUGAAGUUUCUUGCCCGUACAAACGUCAGCUCGGGAAGGGAGGGAAGGAAGUGACCCGGUUCAUUUUUAGCAAUUACACUGCCAUUAAAUUUUCUUAAAAGGCGGAAAGCUACACUCCAUAUUGUGAGAUAAGCUUUAGAGAAUUUUCGAAUUAAGUAUUUACCGAACGAGACACAUGGUAAAUUCGGUGGGUUUAUGUUUUAUCGAUUAUUCUGACGAUAGUGUGUGUUAGAAGUAAUGAAAUGUUAUACAUAUAAAUCAUCCUUUUUCUUGUUAAAUAUUAGACUUUGUUAUUUUACAGAAAUUUAUUUCCAUGUGUGAUCCUGCGAGAUGCACCGAGCGACUGUGCUUCUCGCACGCUCACUCUAUCCUAAGAAACAAUAAAUAUGUGAUGACAAAAGAUGUUAGUACUUCAGUUCCCGAUAUAAGCUUGUUUAUCGUAUCUCAACAUUUUAAAUAAUAUAAUAUAUUGAUAUUUUUUAUA